AUGAAGGAUAGGAACUAUGAUAUUUUAGCCUUGUCAGAGUCGUGGUUAAACUCCACGGUGACAAACGCGGAAGUAGAAAUCGAGGGCUUUAAACUAACAAGAUUGGACCGUUUGGGAAAGACUGGAGGGGGUGUUUGUGUCUAUUCUAAAUCGUCGAUUAAAGUCAAACGUCUCAAAAACAUAACAGGGAUAUCUGAAUUCGGAUUUCAUCAGCUAUGGAUGCUAAUACAACUCAGGAAACUAAGAUCAAUUCUCCUCUGUGUGACAUAUAGGCCUGAUUAUUGUCCUACUUCAACCUUUCAUGAUAUUUUCAUGGAAAAUUAUAUACAUGCUCUUACAUUAGGAAAAGAGAUAAUUGUUGCAGGUGAUUUAAAUUGUGAUUUGCUGAAACCGGAUUCUCCAGAGGCUAUGUCGCUACUAGAUUUUUGUACAAGUGUGAAUCAAACUCAAUUGAUAAAAGAACCUACACGAGUAACAGAAACGUCAUCUUCCCUUAUUGAUAUUAUUAUGACAUUACUAAUAUAUACUUCUUUGAAACUUAAGAUGUUGAAGCCGCCACCUAGUUAUAAAUGUGUGAGAUCCUACAAAAACUACAAACCUGAUAGUUUCCUCGCGGAUUUACAACGAAUACCUUGGUAUGAUAUUUCCAUCAUGGAUGAUGCAAAUGUAAUGCUAGACCAUUUCAAUGAGAGGUUUCUCCAUGUAAUGGAAACACAUGCACCUGUGAAAACAGUGAGGAUUAAACACCGCAGCUGCCCCUUUAUUAGUACAGAAAUUCGCGAACUUAUGCAAUACAGAAAUAACCUAUUGAAAACGGCUCGAAGUACUAAAUUAGCAACAGACUGGGAAAUGUAUCGUAAACUAAGAAAAGAAGUAAAAUCCAAGCUGAGAGAUGCCGAAAGGGAAUAUGUACGGAAAGAACUAGAGCACAAUCACAACACUAAUUCAAAGUGGAAGAUAAUUAAGAAUUGUAUUCCUCGUAAAGAAAGCACUCAACAAGUCUACACAAAGGAUAUGAAAGAAGUUGCUAAUGAGUUUAAUCAGUUUUUCACCUCAGUUGGUAGGAGAGUAUCAGAAGAUUGCACAUCUUUAAUAGAAUUAUAUAACCUGCCUGCACCUCCAACAAGUGUUUCGCUGGCUGUCGCUGAGUCACAAAAUUUUAGUUUUGUUCCUGUCUCGUGUGGAGAAGUACGAAGGACAGUUAUGGCAUUCCAAUCGAACAAAGCUCCUGGCCAUGACAAAGUACGAAUGUCUACGAUAAAGGAAGCACUUCCAUGUAUUCUCCCAGUUAUUACUGACAUGAUAAAUCGCUCGUUACAGAUUUCAGUCUUUCCAUCAGCCUGGAAAAUAUUAGAAGUAAUACCACUUCUUAAAGAGGGAGAUCACGAAGUGGCAAAUAACAAUCGACCACUAUCGUUACUACCAGCGACUUCUAAAAUUUGUGAACGAGUAGCUUUAAGUCAAUUGACCUCUUAUACGAACAAAAAGAAAUGCCUAAGUAAACAUGAAAGUGGUAAUAAACAAGUCAACUACAUUCAUGUGAGACUCUUGGCGUGUUUAUGA